UAAGCUUUCCGACGCUCCGUUAAUGAAAUGAAUGCCCUUUACGUGGGCCAUCAUAGUAACAGGGUGUUCCUAAAAAGCACUCUGUUUGAAAAUUGAAAUCAAGCUGUGUUAGAAUUAGCUUUGACAAUGAGCUAAGCCGACAGGUGCGUAAAAUUGAGACCUUCCCACUUAAUUUUGAAAUACAAAUUGAAAAAGAGCUUGAUUUCGAAGGGGGGGGGGGCUUUUCUGGAACUAUAGAUACAUUUGGGAAUGUCGUUAACCAGAAUUAUCCACCAAUGUCAAUGAUCAUCACUCCCCACUGUCUGCUAGCCAGUUCUAAAUUGGUCUCUAAAUGGGGUCACCCUAGUUUUCCCGGGCGGUCAAUAGCCAAUACAUUACUGCGUAAAAUAAAUUAACCUGAAAUGCCGAUCAAGUGCAUGAUUAUAUAUCACCAAGAGAUCUUAUAAUAAAUCAAAACUGUAGUAAUUAAAAUUUAAAAGCACUUCUCUCCAGUGCUUAACUAUGCACAAAUGAGGAUUUUAAUAAUUACCUUGUCUAGUCUGAAAGACCUUGAAUAUAAGUUGAAGACAAUAUAUAAUUUUUCAAUUGAUAAAGAGAUACGGUAUGGCUGAUAAUAUGAACAGAUGGAUUUCAUUUUCGAAGGAAAUCCAUCGGGUAGAAUACGAAUAUCCACUAUUAACGUUUACUUGGUCUAUGCGUAUUUCUUAAAUUUGUUUGUGAAAAGGUGGAUCGUUCAUGAGUGCAGGAAAUUCGGUUGGUUAGAUUAAAUUGUUCAUAUCAAAAUUUAUCUUCAAAAUUUACAUAUACAAUUGAACGCUCGCAGAAGCUGAAAUUUGUUAAAAUCGAUUAAUUUGUGAAAAGCAAUUAUCUCUAACUGAACACAUUUAUUUAAUAAAACGUUUCUUCUUAUGGUAAUAUCUUAAAUCUUGUUAUUGAAAUUAAGUUAAUCUGCAUAAUCAAAAUCAAAAGAUGCAUGUGGCGCUGAGUACGACGCUAUAUAUAAUAUAUAUUAUCUGGAUGCAUGAUAGUUUUAACUUGGUAGUUUUUAUUUGUAAUUUAUCCCAGCUAUCUGGACAAAUAAUUCUUUAUGGUGUGAAACAGUCUACCAAAGACUUAAGACUUGAGCCAUCUGUGUGUGUUGUAUCACUUGUGUAAACAUUGAUCCUUAGUGAAUGCAAAUCAGUCUGCACUAUUAACACACUUAUUAUGUAGCAUCGGUCCGAGUUCGAUGUGGUCGCAAGAUUUAUGACUAAAAGAAAACUAAAAAAUCAUUUUCAAUCUUCAAAUGAAAGAACCUUUUUGUGUAGUUAUUACAAGGGUUCCCUAUAGGUUUAUUUGUUCAAUGUUGUAUGUAUACGUCAGGGCAUAUUGAAAGUUUUGAAAACAGUAAAUAUAUAUACUUGUGUUCUAUGGCGGACUACUUCAUGUAAUAACGAACUCGAGACUUUCACUUUGCUGACAAGGGUUAUUCAGUUUAGUACUCAGCAAGUGAAGUAGAAUUCAGCAUGCGAGAUCUUACAGAUGGAGCACUCAAAUUAUUAAAUAAACCUAUUUCAGAGAUUAAAUUGCAUAAAUCCUAGAAUAAAUUAUACAGAUGUUGUGUAUGUGGCACUGGCGAUCUAAUCUCACCAUAAAUGAAAGAGUUAACGUAAAACAGAGCAUUUUUUUUUCCUUGCGCAAUGUUUGCAGUCAUUUCACACAACCACCAUUGAUGGUAAUGACAUCGAGUAAUAUAAUCUGAAUUGCAUGAUUGAUUUCAUCAAUUUAUUCCAAGCAACACCCCAGCUAGUCUGCGUCUGAACGAAGGCUGACCUUUAUUUCAUCUUAUCUUAUCUAAUUCACCAAGUUGUAACUGCCCAACAUCAGUGUAGAAAUAUUGACACAAGCCACAAGCCAUGAAAAUAGAUAAGCAGAAAGAAUUAACGGCUUUAUUCAGUACUGUAUGAAAUACACGUCACCUUUAUAUAAUGCAUACAUACUUUGAAUCAGUUGCAAGGCAACAACGGGUGACAAGUGGAAGUUAUUGUCUGACACGGAAGCUGAUGUGGUGUGUAUAUUAAAUUCACCAAAUCUCGUCAAUAACUUGCUCUUUAAACUAUAUGAGACGUUUCCUAAUCUAAGGCCAUUUAAAGUGAUAUUUUAUCAGAUUGGAAUUCAACACCUAGUGGAGAAAUUCACCUUUGACUUGCUGUUUAAACGCCACAUUAUGACAUAACGAUUGUAGGUUUGCUUUAGUUUGUUAUUUCAAGUGAAAGUGCGCCAUAGAAGGUCAUCCAGAAGCUUGCGAAGCAGAGGAGUAGAAAAAUACCUAUAUACAGAAAUAAUAGACCAUCUGAUCCUGCUGUAUCCUGAACAGUACAAAUUUGAAGAAUAAUUUGUUGGAUAUUAUAUACCUCGUUCAGCGAUUAACGACGCUUCGUACACGAUACAGGUUAAACCAUUCUUCUCACAAGCUUGUUGGAAGCCGAAGGACUUGAAGGAAUUGUGUGGACCCUGAAAAACUAUACUCAGACGUAGAAAAGUGGUGUAUGUAAACUGUUGUCAAGUACAGCUUAUAUAUAGACGUUUUACUGUGACACGUGAGCUCUUAUUCUACAUGAUCCCUAUAUAUAUAUGAAUUGGUUUAUUAUCGUGUAGAGACCUAUUAUAUAAAUACGAAAGAGGCUACCGACGAGUUGCAUCUUAAAGAGCACUAAGACGUUCUAAUAUUCGCAGGUUCUUCAUUCCUUUUCUCGGUUGGGAGAACGUUUUGAGUAGCUAUAGUCUAUAGACCUGCCGCUAAUUACUUGGUCGUUACGUAUACUCUGAGCCUCUGAAGUCAUUUGUUUAAUACUUCCGAGUGUCAUAUUUGUGUUGUCUUAACACAGCAAAACAGAGACAGAAAAUCCUCGUGAGUUAUUCUGGCCUACUGCGAAAUUUUAGCGUGAACUUUAUUAGAUUUCACAUAUAGAUUACUGGAUUUAUAUUGUUUUCACGUCGGCUCUAGUGAUGGGACCUAAAGGCUUGCUUGUUAUCCUACUUUUGUCUACAGCUUUGGAAAGCUCAAGUUCAACAAAUACAGACCAACAUUUCAGCCAAAAGGAGUACAUGAGAAUACUGAAUCAAACAAUACAUGCCAUAGACAGAUUAUUAUCGUUUUACGAAGAGGAGAUAGAACAAGUGAAUCUUGACGCAAUAUUUGGACUUCGAGUCGCAGAGGGCGCGUUGACUCUAACUCGAACUAGCGACUCAACCUUGCAAGCUAAACAAACAAGAUACAUUUAUGAAACCCUCGAAAAAUUGAGAAAGCAAGCAGCGUCGAUCAAUAUGAGAGCACAGGCUUCCAUAAAAAAGCAAUCAGAAAGUUAUUAUCGUACAUUUAAGGAUGUGGUUGAUAAGCCAUGGAGUUUUUUCCAAGACUUUGGUUCUCGUAAGCUACCUGCGAUUAAGAAUAGGGGAAUAGUAAACGAGAGCAAUGACACAUGGGAUGAAGAGACUUCAGAUAAAUGCAUGUCUGAAGCUUUAGGGUCAAACCCUAACCAUACGAAGUGUACGUUUUCCUCAGUAUGCGUGACAGCACUUACAGAUCAAAACCAAGUGGGCUACGGUCCAACUCAUCAAAUUCUAUUCUUAACUAUUGCACUGAUGAACAAAUGUGAGAUAAAGUAUUCGAAGAUUUUAAAACCACAUUUGGGGUAUGGUGUUCACGGGCUCAUAGAGAAUCGUUGCAAUAAAGUCAUGAACGAAAUGAUAGCAUUGGAAGAACCGCGUGUCAAGGAAGCCGACAGAGAUGUGUACAUGGAGCAAGGCUUUGUAUGCGCCUUACACGGUUAUGAGGAAUUUCUGUCUUUAAAACGGUUAAGAAAUAUCCUUAGCUGGCAAAGACUGUUCGGAUGCUUUGGAAAAAUUGAGGAGGAAGAUAAUUCAGACGAUGCGGAGCAAAUGGCAAGAAUGGUUGGUCAUCGGAGUGAAAGAAACGUUGGAUCGUUCAGGAGCAUGCGUAGGCUAUUGGUUGAUGUGGCUGUAAAGCAUGGUUGUUCUGCACACGAGUCGGGUGUUGCCGCUGGGAUAUUAGGCCUCUAUGCCAGAUGGUUGCUCACCAAAGUGGACGCAGGCAUUGGGAAGCUGGGAACGGCAACAAACCACGUGGGUACUGAAAUUCCGAUGCAAAGAGGAAUCAAUAGCAGCAUCAUCACUACCACCACCACCAAGGAUCAACAACCUCGUGUCAAUAACAACGAGAACAACAACGAAAACAAUCAUAACGAGAAAAACAUCCAGAACAGCAACAACAACAACAAUAACAACAACAACAACCAAAACAACAACAACAAUAACAAACAACAACAACAAUAAU